AUGUCCAGCUGGUUCUCGUGGCGGGGUCUGUGGCGGCGAUCGCUGGAGUUUCCAAGGCCUCUACUGGGAUUCAAUGAAGCUGUUGAACUGGAACCUGUUGGUUCCCUCGGUGUCUCAAAUUCUGCAGAUACUGAAACUUCCCAGUUUCCUCGGAUAGUUCAAACCAUCUUCUCGUUUACACAGGCACAUGAAUUGCCUUUCACACCACCACCUGCACCUACCGUCCCUACCUUUGUUGAUCUCCCCUUCGGUGACGCCAUCUCUCUCAACUCGCCUCACCCUUCCUCCAACUCCGACGCAGACCUCAAAUCCCCGUCAGUCGAGAUGAGUGACGACGAGCCUGAGGUUGUUGACCUGACAGCCAGCACGCCCCGGCGACGCACCGCUAUUCCUGUGUCGUCGUCUCCGCCAACCGCCUUUGAUCACUUGCCUCCUUUUUCCCGCGGUAGACAGCCAGUUGCUUCUCGUGGUAUUAAGCGUAGCAACAAUCAACCGGGAGAGUCCUCCGCUUCAGCUUCGGCGCGUGCCAACAAUAUCUCCCUCGCGAUGGAUCUAACAGGUAACUCAGGCUCGAUUGAAGUACCUCACUCAUCUGCUAAUAUAAGAGAGCCAGAGACAGCAAUGGCGGAGCGACCAGUCCAGGGAGAACCGAGCCCCAAGCGUCUGCGACCAACCCUCCCCUCAAACAAUUUCGAGCGCGCAAAUCCUUCCGAACACGGAAUUCAUUCCGGACCAAAAGGACCCGACGAGAACGAACCUAAGCAGAACUCCAACCCCCUCCUCGCAUACCGGUGCCCGAUCUGCUUGGAAACCCCAGAAUGUUGGACUUCGUCCGUAUGCGGCCAUUUAUUCUGCCACCGAUGUAUUUAUGAUCAUCUGGAGUUUAGUUCGCGCCACUCGAACGGCGACACUUCUAAGAAAUCCAAGGGCACAUGCCCAGUUUGUCGGACCCCAAUCUCGCGAAGUGACUCUGGAAAGUCUCGAGGUCUCGUUCCGAUCAUUUUCCAAACGAGAAAGCGAGAUGAUCCCUCUCCUACCGUUUGA